CUGAUCAAUAGGCUCCGGUCGCGGCUGUGCUCAAGCGUGGAUAUGAGGUGGAAACGAAAUGAUAAUCCAAUCGAUCCCUCCAAUUGACUCAUUUACAAGCAGUUCCCUCUUCUUUUUAUUUUUUUUGCAGGGGAGCGAGACAUUUGCUCGCAUCGCUCCUCUGUUGUUGUCUCCUCGGACAAUUAAAAUACAGAUCAAAUCAAUGAUAGACACACACACACUCUCUGAAGGAUCUGAUCCUCAUUGGCCAAGGCGACCUGUUUAGACAGAGUCCGUGCAGGUGAUUAAACACGUGGCAGUGUGUGUUCAUGACACUCAAACGACAGGGAUUAAUAGUUGUCGGUCAUAUUCGCAGGACGUGACCUUUGCAGCGAACAAUACGCGUAAAGACGAUUAAGCAGCAGACGAGAAGGAAAUCCAGGUUUUGAAGUUGCAGCGUCUCAGAUCGCGUGUUGUCCACACGGGGGCAUCCUUGAGCCUGUUUUCUGCCGAGUCCACCAUGUCGUGAAGCUGCGCGGUGUAAAACAAAGUGUCCGAGCCAAGAGAGGAGCCUGGUGUGGGAAUCUGGGAGCAAUAACGGGCUGCGAGCGAAGUCCACUUUACUUGCACCAAAAGGAAUCACACUUAACCUAUAAUGGCUGUAACACAAGGUCACACAAACACAGCCAGGAGCGCUUGGGUCCUCACCGGAUCAAGUUCGGUGCAGCGAGGUCACGAUAUAAUCACCAGUGAGGAUAACAAAUGUAUAAUCAAUGCCAGGAGUGAUAUGGUUUUAUUAUGAUUGUUGAUUACGUGGGUCAGGUGUUGUUUAAAAUUCCGAGUCUGACUGGAAGCCAAGUGUGUGUGUGUGUGUGUGUGUGUGUGUGCGUGUGUGUGCGCGCGUGUUUGUGUGUCCUUAGCAGAGAACACGAAGUUGUGCGUCCUUGUUUGCAAGAAAAGGUCCAGAUUUAACUUGGAUAAUCAACACUAAUAAUCUGUGGUAUCGCUUUACUGUUGUUGGUUCAACCUUAUCGGGGAUUGGUUAUCUUGUGGUCAACAUGUAUAAUGUUUGUAAAACAUUUAUUGAGACAAACGAGUUAAGAAAUGAACGGUUUGAGUCCAGACGGAAACACUUUGUUGAUUACUAAAGUUAAAUUAUGGGAUGGAUCAGGAUGUCUAUUUCCUGUUUCUAUCAGUUAAGACACAUUUUUCUGGGAAAUGAUACAAAGUAGACCAGUCGUUAUAGACACAUUGCACAUUGCUUUUUUUUAUAUGAACUGGUGUUAAUGUAAAAUAUAGAUUUUUGGGGGGUAAAUUUCUAAGUUGUGUCAUAAACGUGCUAUAGAUCAUUUCCACUGAUCUUACAGCAGUACGCUGAAACCCCCUGGUAUCCCCCUCACUAGGAUCUGGAGGUGCCGCGGGGACGGUGCCCGCAAAGUGAAGGCAUUUCUCUCUCUCUCUCUCCCUCUCCUCCACUUUCCUCCCACCUCCUGCUUUUAGGGAAGUCGGUCAGCUGACUGUCUGAAGCUGACAGGACUGCGCGGUGCGCCCUCCUCUCCGCGGCUCUGCGCCUCCUCCUCUUCCUCCGUUCGUGCGCAGAGUCCCGCUCCCAUUGGAGAGCCGAGCGCCACGGAUCCAGCCUUUCGGCGCGACGUCACGGCGCGCUAUAAGGAUAAAGCGCUGGCUCGCUCCGAGCGCAGUCUGCUGGAUACCAGAGAGCAGGACAGAGCGAGAGAAGCGAGCCUUGAAACCUCUGCGGUGCAGAGCUGGAAAAGCUGCUUCUCAGCGAAAUUCAGACGCCCUAUAUUUACCCUGCUUCUUUGCUCCUAUUCUUUUCCUGGAGAAAAAAGGGGACUUACUACCAAGAAGUUGCAACGAGGACUGGUGCCCGUCUCUGCGACCGAUUGUGGUAUUUCUUUUAUUAUUAUUAUUUAUGCAGAUUUCUUUUUUUGUGUGUUUGAAAACACUUCUACUGAAGGGACUGAGCUUUUUAUUUUUGCACUGAGACGCAUUGCUUUCUUCCUCCUGCCUGGUCUCCCUGCCAGAUUACCCGGGCAGAAGUAGGCUACAUGACGCAAACCGUGAGCAGAGCAAUAGUCUGAAAGUUUUUCCUCCACUACUUUUUUUCCGUUUUCCUUUUUUUCCACCUCUCACACGGUGGUUCAUGCGAAAGCAAGUCCGCGCACAGCGGUGGAGGAACCAGAAGAACUACUGCAUGAAACAAGAGAAGGGAGAAGAGACGCUGAUUAAUAAAUCCGUUUUUGCGACGCUUGCAAAUACCGUUUCAUAUCAGCAGCAUGAGUACAGAGCUGAGCAUGGGUCCGGAGCUACCCAGCAGCCCUCUGGCUCUGGAAUAUGUCAAUGAUUUUGACCUGAUGAAGUUUGACGUGAAGAAGGAAGGCCUGGCCGGGCUCGAGCGCAACGGGGUGCGCCAGUGCAACCGCCUCCAACCCCAGGGCUCAGUGUCCUCCACCCCCAUCAGUACACCCUGCAGCUCGGUGCCCUCCUCGCCCAGCUUCAGCCCCACAGAGCAGAAGAACCACCUAGAGGAGCUGUACUGGAUGCCGAACAGCGGGUACCAUCAGCAGAUAGACCCGCAGACGCUAAGCCUGACCCCGGAGGACGCAGUGGAGGCCCUGAUAGGAUCCACAGCCCACGGCCACCCGCCGCCUCCGCAUGUCCAGCAGCAGCUGCAGCAGCAAGGCUCUUUCGAGGGCUACAGGGGCCCGCAUCACCACCACAGCCACCACGGCCACAACCAGCAGCACCAUCACCCGUAUCCGGGGGGCAUCCCGCACCACUCCGAUGAGCUGUCCGGGCACCCGGGCGGACACAGCCACCCACACAGCCAGCAUCACCAUCUACACGGCCAGGACUCCGACAGCUCCCCGCUGUCCCCGGACGACCACGAGCCGCUCCAUCACCACCGCCACCACCACCACCACUCGCACGGCCACCUGGGCCAGUCGGGCUCGCACCACGGCAGCGGGAGCGGACUCAACGUGGAGGACCGCUUCUCCGACGACCAGCUGGUGUCCAUGUCGGUGCGGGAGCUCAACAGACACCUACGGGGCUUCACCAAGGACGAGGUCAUCCGCCUCAAGCAGAAGAGGCGGACCCUGAAGAACCGGGGCUACGCGCAGUCCUGCCGGUUCAAGCGGGUGCAGCAGAAGCACGUGCUGGAGAACGAGAAGACGCAUCUGAUGAACCAGGUGGACCAGCUGAAGGCGGAGAUCGGCCGCCUGGCCCGGGAGAGGGACGCCUACAAACUCAAGUGCGAGAAACUGACGGGCUCGGGUUCCAGUAACGGGUUCCGCGAGGCGGGCUCGACCAGUGACACCCCGUCAUCCCCAGAGUUCUUCGUGUGAGUUGUCACAAGCCUUUUUUCCCUCACAACAAAACUUUGCCCCCACUCCACCAACAUCUUCUCCUUUUUUGGGGGGAACUGAUGAACAAACGAUAAUAAUCCACUCCUCCCAUACUGUUUAUGAUAAUAACCCUUAUAUUAGAAGAGUAAUCCAUCAAAUAGUAUCCUCAUAUAUAACCAUCUCUCCAUCCACGUGUCAACUGAGAUACAAAGAGCAACGUAGAGAUCAGUCGCAGUAUCUUUGUAGAUUAGUUGCUUGUAGUGAAGAGACUUUUUUUUUUGUUUUUGUUCCUCCUCAAAGAAGCGGAAGGAUCGACUGAUGAACUCUUUUUUUUCUUCCUCUCUCUCUCUCUCUCUCUCUCUCUCUCUCUCUCUCUCUCUCCUUCCUUUGAGGCUACAGCUUUUAAAUAACCUGUAAGUAGUGUGGGAUGGCGUCGAGGUGUCGUUGUCUUGUAACUCUCGUAUGAAGCGACAACAAGUAGCCGCAGGGCCAUGGCCUCGCGGGCUGCGACUCACAUUCGACAAGUGGGCCCGUGAAUCUGAGGAAAAUCUCCAAAAAGCAAGACUCCACUUUAUGCAAAACUUCUGUCUGCUGACCCGUCACAGGGUGGG